AAUAAGAGGCUGGGCGGCUGCCUGUAGGAGGACUCUCUAAUGGCAACACACACACAGGGGUUAAAUCAGAAACCAAGUUCAAAUCUCUGGAACAGCUUCAACAGAACCAGUGGAGGUACAUUCGGUGUCACAGGCACAUGUUUUGGAGAAACACCAGCAAUUGUACAUCCGAAGGCUCCAGGUACAGCAGUGGAUAUGUGCCGUACGUGCCGUCCAUUCAGAGCAGCAGACUGUGUUGCUGAAACGAGGGUUAUGUGAUGCCCGCAGAGCCGUCUGGUCUGACCCCUCAUCAGAGCUGAAAUGCCCUCAUUCCAUCACAUCUGUGAGAGUCAAGGCAGAAGAGACUAAAAUAGAGUUGGAGUCUCCAGAGGGACCAAUGCUUAGAGGAAUCCAGCCAGUAUAAACACGACCCACGAUCUCUCCAGUUCUCACAGCCAGAAUAUAUGAAUCGUGAAAAGUCAUACAGAAACAUCUCAUAAGCAAUGCUUUGUUCUUAGACCCCAAAUGCAAGGAGUUUUAUGAGAUAAACAGUGUAGUUUGGGAUUAAAGCAAUAACUGUGUACAUCGAGGAUUUUGAAAUUGUCCAUCCACCAUUUAUUUCAAUUGGCUUGUGUGAUAUUUUCUCAGGAUGGGAUUUGCUAUGACAUAAGAACAUUUAACAGGCCUAAACAGAACAUUCAGCAGGUGUUGGACCUGGAUCAAAUGGACAAUUCCUUGAUCUCUAGAUAGAAAUCCCAUGCUAAUUACUGGUUUAUUCGGAUCUACGGUGGCUUUACAUCUCGGAUCACAUUGGAUUUGAUCUCUAUAGGAACUCCGAAGGGAUUUUGAAGAACUGUCACUGAACCAUGAAGGAGGAAAUCCUACAGUUUUUCAAUGAUAUAUGGAACCUCACUUCAUCCAAGCAUGACCAGAGCGUCUACAACACGGUGUGCCUGGUAGUGCUUCUGACUCUACCGCUGGUUGUCAUCUUCACAUCUAUACUGGUGUGUUGUCAUUGUUGCUGUUGUCGUAAUGCCAAUGGAUGCCGGUGUUGUUGUUGUAAAGGGGAGACCUCAGUCACAAACCCGAAAACCGAAAAGAAGAAAAAGAAAAACAGCAGCCAGAAUAAUGAAGACUUGUGGAUCUCUGUCAAAACAGAUCCUAUGAUUAAUGAAAGACUUGCACUGACUAUGGUGUGAACAAUUUUAUGUUUAUUUAUCUUCAUGGUACAUGUAAAGGUACAAAAUUGUUACAGCAGUGUUUACUAAAAUGUGCCUGAAUGUAAAAAAAUCAAAAGAGAAUUUAAAAAGAAUUUUUGUAUAAAAGUAAAGUUUAAGAGUGAAUGAAUAGGUAAGAAGAUGCUGUAUGGUGCGUUUGAUCCUCAAAGGCUUGCCAAUAACCAGCGUUAGGAGAAAAGAAAUGCAUAUCUUUAAAUGGCAAAAUGCAUUCUGUCUAAAUGGCCACCAAGGCCACAUUUACACUGCAGGUCUUGAUGCCCAAUAUACACUUUGUUGACUAUUUCCAAUUUUUUGAUGACCCGUAUCUGAUGUCUGUAUUUGCACUAUACAUUUGGCAAAACAGCCCAAGGUGGACGUACUGACUUGGAAAAACUUAGGUGGAAAAGGGAAUAAAGAUGGCAUGAUUUGCAAUGGAGGCAGAUGAAAUGAUAAUACAAGCUUUUGAAAACUGUAAGACUUUCCAUUUUUGCAAAAAUUGAAAAGUGUUAUUAAAUCACAACUGGCGUCCACCUGAGCUGUCAUUCACCACCUUUGCUUUUUAAAUUGCAUACGACUCACAUUGACAGGAAUCUGUUCACUUACAUGGCAGACACAAAUGAACAUAUCCGAUUUAUAACAGAUUGAUUUCCACAAAUGAAUGAGGCCUGAAACUGAUCUGAGAAUAUCAGAAACUGUGUGCUUUUUUCACGUUUACAAAAAACAGAAUUCGGUCACUUGAACUAUGUAGUCGUGCAAUGCAGCCUAACAAACAGUGUAGCAGCAGUGUUAGUAGUAGUCCGCUUAUCUGAAUGUGUGCAACAACUGUCUUUAUGAGUGUAUCUUUGAUGUAUUCAUUCAACUGAUUUGUUCAAAUACAAAGAUUUAUUCAGGAGCGAAACUAGUUAGCAUUUAUAUGAGUGAGUCAUUGAAUCAUUUACAUAACCAAUUCAUUCUAAAUUUAUUCUGGAAUAAAACAUACCACUGUUAAGAGAGACACCAGUUGAUUCUGUUUGGGCUAUGUCUAAAAUUUAAGUUACUCAAUAUAAAAUUCUCAUUUAUUUAACUGCUGUAUAAAAUAAAUAUCACACACAACCAUUUUGUUGGUUCUGAAUAUUAGCACCAUUGUGAUUACCUGCAAUAUUCAGAACAGCAUCGCUUGUGUGAUAUCGCUUGUUUAACAUUUCUAAAAGGAUCAAAUGUCAGAAAUAUGUCAGAUUUCCAAAGAGCUUACCACAAUUUCAAAUGCUUCUAAAAGCUGCACUUAGACCAAAUUUUGAAUAAAAUCAUUUUCCAAAGAUGCUGUUAUAUACAGAUGUCAAAAACUUCUAGUGACGCACUUAGUGGGUCGCAACCACUUGUCCUUCACCUGAAGCAUGCGAUGCAUUUAAAAUGAGUUGCUUUAUAUGGCUUCAGAAACUGACAGUUAACUCACAAAACAAUUUCUCUAUAAAUAUAACCUGCCUUUCUUUCUGUGAUGAUUCACCUGAGAAAACCAUUAUUUAAAUGUGUGUGGGGGGGGGGGGGGGGUCUGUGUUGGAUCUGUGACGCAUAUGGAUGGAUUUACUAGAGACAGUUCAACAACACCAUGAAACUGGUCUCAUAAUUUCCUCCUAAACACCUUUAUUCACAAUGCAGUUAAAAAAAUUAUUAUGCUGAGCUCAAAACUCAAGACUGCUAGAGACACCAUUAUCAUCACAGUUGUGUGUUAUUGAGCUUGCUGAUAAACAAACUUUCAUCUUCUUGCACUUUUCAGAUGCUGGGAUGUUUGCAGUGCCAUAAUUAGAUGUUUAUUUGGUAUUUCAACACAUUCUGAUUAGGCAUGUCAGAAAGUCAUGCAUUAACAUUCAUCAUGCUCUUUUUUCACUUAACUGCUGUUUCACUAGCAUGCAUUUUGGGUAAAGCAACCACUGAAUUAUUCAUUACGUAAUCAGUAAGGUUGGAUCAUACUUGUCCUUCGUUGAUUUUGGUUUCUGGUACAGCUGGAUCAAAGAGAACAUUUCAUUUGUUUGAACAACGAAGCUGUCAAGUUCUGUUUCCUGCACUCUCAUUCAACAUAUGUGAUAGCAAAGCUUUGAUCAGCCCAGUUCUGCAUGAAAAUGAGUGUCAGUUUGUAUGAAUAUGCUGAAGCAGCAUUUUCUUACUCAGUUGCCAUGCUGGUUGAUGCAUGCAGAUUUUUUUCAGCCUUGUCUUUUUUUUUUUUUUGAAUUGCAAGAUUAAAUAAAAUUAUUUUUUAUAUUUA